AUGUAGAAAAUCAUAUUCUUAACCUUCAUUACUUUGGGUUUAUCCAGGUUGAGUUUCAAAGAAGGCUCUUACAAUUACAGCGAUAUAUUUCGAAGUGAAGGAGCAUUUCCUUAGGGGACAAAAUGCAAAAAGGUUGAUGCCAAGAAAUUGGAUCCUCUGUUUGAUGAUACUCAAGUGAUAUAUUCCGGAUAUUUGAGUGUGUACGAGAACAGUAAUGCAGCAUUGGGAUUUAUAUUUUACGGAAGUCAGAAAGCCAAAACAGAGGGUGAGCUCUAGAAUUAUCCCACUCUGAUUUGGUUGAAUGGUGGACCUGGAUCAUCUUCCCAAUUAGGUAAUUUUAUGGAGUUGGGACCAUUGUUGACAUAGAGUGACGGUAGUUUCAAAAAGAACAAAUACGCUUGGAAUACAGAAUACAAUGUGAUUUUCGUUGAUCAACCCAUUGGUACAGGUUUGGCUUAUGUUGAGAAGCAAUCUGAAGUACCUACAAAUUAAAAAUAAAUUGGAUAACAAUUUUUGUACGCUUUGAAUGAAUUCUUAUUCGGAGCAAAGGGCUUGGCUUAAUCACCUUGGUUUGUGUUUGGCGAGAGCUAUGCUGGCAAGUAUGUUCCAACAAUAGCGAAGGCCAUCUUGGAUUAUAAUGUUGCUGCACAGAAGAAGAUUCCAUUGAAGGGAGUGGGGAUCGGAGAUCCAUUUACAGACCCAUAUGCUGUGAUCGCAGAGUAUGCUGCCUAUUCCUUCAAUUUGGGUUUGAUUGACAUUCAGGAGAGAAUGCAAGUGGACUCGAUAUUGGCUUACGGGUUGACUGAGUUGAACAAGGGCAACACUUUGGCUGCAAGGGAUGCUUUCGAGGAGUCUCUGGACAUCAUCAUCACUCAAAGUGGAGAUAUGAAUGUGUACAACGUUCUUCAGUAUGGCAAUUACGGGGAGACUGAGAAAUGGGUGGAGGCCUAUUUGAAUAGAGUGGACAUUGUGAAUUAGUUCGGAUUCAGUGAGGAUUGGAAAUACAAAAUCAGUAAUGCUGACGAUGGUCCAGUGCAGAAGGCUUUGAAAUAUGACUUCAUGUUGAGGGAUGUCGUGUUGACAGUAGAGGAAGUGGUUAAGAAGAUCCCAUUUUUGAUUUACAAUGGACAGAAUGAUCUCAUUUGCUCAACUCCAGGAACUCUGAGAUGGGUGUACGAUUUGAAGUACGAGAAGAUCGAGGAGUAUCGUCAGAAGGACUUUGAGGUGUUGAAGAUUACAGGGACUGAGAAGAUCGUGGGAUAUCAUAAAGAGGCUGGAAAUUUGGAGUUGGUGUUGAUUAACAAUGCUGGACAUCUGGUGCCUACUGACUAGCCUGAAGCAUCGUUGUAGAUGGUCACCACAUUUGUUAAUAAACAUAAAUGAAAAUGAGAUUUAUAUAAUAACAAUAUUGGAGGAGAUAUUUAUUA